GCGCAAUACACUGACUUCGCGGACCUGGAGCCGAGCUGUCGGGAUUUCUAGUGCGGCGGCGCCGGGCAAGUCCUCGCCGCCUUCCCGGCAGCGCGCAGUAAACUGGGAAAAAGGAGUUUCUGAGCCUGCGAACCUGAAGCGAAAGUGGAAAAAGAACGCCCUUCAAGUGUCGAACUCAGAGAUGUGGCCCAGGGGAGGGAACUGUGGCUAGUUAAGAAGGCCAUGCUGGAUGUUUCCAGAUUCCAUGUCAACACCGAGUCUUCAGCUGCUGGUGGCAGCUGCUCAGCAGACCCUGGGCAUGGGGAAGAGACGGGGCCCACCCCGAGCUAUCUGCCUUCACCUAGCGGGAGAGGUGCUGGCUGUGGCCCGGGGACUGAAGCCAGCACUGCUGUAUGAUUACAACUGUGCAGGGACAUCAGAGCUCCAGAACUAUCUGGAAGAGCUGCAGGGCCUCGGCUUCCUAACCCAGGGACUUCACAUACUUGAGGUUGGAGAAAACAGCUUGAUUGUCAGUCCUGAGCGUGUAUGUGAGCACCUGGAGCAGGUGCUGCUUGGUACCGUAGCCUUUGUGGAUGUUUCCAGUUCCCAGCCUCACCCUUCUGUCUGUUCCCUGGACCAGCUUCAGGACUUGAAGUCCCUCGUAGCUGAGAUCAUCACGCAUUUGCAGGGGUUGCAGAGGAACCCAUCCCUGGUAGUAUCCUGCAGCAGGCUCUGUUCUUCAGGCUGGAAUCUCUGUACUGUGUUUGGGAUCCUACUGGGCUACCCUGUGCCCUAUACGUUUCACCUGAACCAGGGAGAUGACAACUGCUUGGCCUUGACCCCACUACGGGUGUUCACUGCCCGGACCUCGUGGCUACUUAGUCAACCCUCAGUCUUGCUUUAUUCCUUUAGUGUCCCAGAGAGCUUGUUCCCAGCUCUGAGGGACAUUCUAGACACUUGGGAGGAGAACCUUAGAAAUCGAUGUAGGACUCAGAGUGAUUUUAAUGACCUCACUAUCUCCUCUGCGAUAGUCACUCUGCCGGUUGUGGCCCUCUGACUAACUCCCAUGUAGAAGGUAUUCAGUCCAUAAUUAGUUCUAGGACAGGGAUGGCAAACAGGAUUCAUCUCAAGUGCCAGUUCCAAGCAUCUUGAGAACACAAGGGAAAAUUCUGUAAUCAGUUGGCCACAUCUGCGAUAGGCUUGGAACAGUUGGUGGUGGUGGCAUCGAUAGUACAUAUUUGCCAUUUCUAUGCUAGGUAGGUGUUUGUUCCUUCUUCACUGGAUAGAAGAUAGAAGGAAAGUGAUUGUGGAGAAGAAGGAUCAUGAAAGACAGGUAGUAUAUCCUUGUACACUAUGUAUGGUAUGGAAGCGUUGUAAAUAUACCUACCAUACCCACCCUGUGUCUGUGAGAAAGCAGAAGGGCUGGACUUUACUGCAUGUUUAUGUAUUUCCAACUGAAUUGAACUAAGGAGAAUAGACCAGGAUGCUCAAGUGUCUUAUAUUUGUGGUGUGAUAUGUCAUUAAAGAAUAAACGGAGAGUUCCAAGGAAGAGA